UAUAGGUAAAUGGAGUUGAAGAACGGGGAAGUCACAGAGAGAAAUUACAGAAUUGUUAUGAUAGGAGAUACAUUUGUGGGCAAAUCGAGUCUUUUGGUCAGAUUCUCAGAUGAUCAAUACGAUGAAGAUUAUACUAGCACUGUAGGAGUGGAUUUUUAGGUUCAGGUCGAUCCAAGUCAAUGAUGUAUUGGUUAAGCUCCAAAUUUGGGAUACAACUGGGCAAGAGAAGUAUAAAUCUGUCACAGACCAGUAUUUUAAAGGAGCUCACGGGGUUAUAUUUGUCUUUGAUCUCACUGACCGAGAAAGCUUCUUGAAUCUCUAUAAAUGGGUUGAUGAAAUUCGAGAAAAAGUUCCAGAGAAAACUCAAUUUCUCGCGAUUGGUAACAAAUGGGACAUGAAAGAUGAAAUCACAGUCACUGAAAAGGACAUGAAUCGGUUUGAAAGAAGGAAUAAUAAAGUAUUCGAGGCUAAAGCUGAUGAAACUAUCGAAAAUUUUCCAUUAAACCAAGAUCAUGAACCCCAAGAGGAAGAGCGGAAAGAAGAGUUUUCUCAAGAACCAUCUAAAGCUCAAAGACCGCUAAGCCUCUUCACAACAGGGAACAACUCAUCCACAAAUUCUUUCCAGCUAAAAAAGCCGAAGAAUGAAGGAAAGAUCCAGGAGGAUGAAUAUCGAUAUAACAAAGAUUUUGGGCCUUGAUGCCCAACUUAGCCCACUAUUUAAAUUUAAAUCUUAACUAAUUUCA